UGCGUGCCACCCCGAGAGCUCUGCCGCGCGUCUCUCCACCACGGGCGCAACUCGCUGAAGCCGUUAGACACGCUGCAACGGUUGAAUACAGGGCAUCCUGUGAGGCGCCGCGCCCCCAAAGCUAGCCUCCGCACUCCUCCAGGCCCAUCGGUUGCGGAUUCCGGGGUCCGGCACGUCUCCAACACGGACGGCCUGUGGCUCUAAGCGCACACGUCUCUAAUUGCCAUAUAUCGCCCUGCACCCCUCAUCCUUCGUCUGCACCGCUGCCCUGGUCCAAAUGCUCUGAAGUGCUGUCAUCCGGCCCUGCGCUCUGGCCCAGAACGACGCGGACGACUGCUGAUUGAUUGCGCCUCGUCUGCGACCAUAUUGCAGCGCAUCAGCAAUGUUUGUGCUCCCUCCGCCGCCGAGAUACCCUGCGGCUGGCUACCCAGGCGCGCCCGGUACCCAGCUUAUCGAGACCAACAACACCCUCACGCACCCCACUGGGCCCGAGAACCAAUUGGUCGUGGGAGAAGGAACCUACGUGCUCAGAGACGACCUCCACCUAGCCACGCCGCCGCCGCAUCCCUCAGAAGCGCCCGUCCACAACCCGAACCCGCUCGCGACGACGAUAUCGCCGCCCAGUGCCGGCACCAAGCUCUCCCUCGUCGUGCUCGCGCCCCGCCUGCAGUCGAAUUCGCGCUUAUACAGACUCGAUACCUCCACCAGCACACGCUCCCAAGUCCCGCCCAGCAUCCAAGAAUCGCCGCAUGAGAGCACUAGCCAGGCCAGCGACUCGGGCUCGCACAGCGCAAAUGGCAUCGCGCCCACGCCGCUCGAGGGUCUUCACGCGCCGGCCUUUGGCUCGCAGAAUCCGUCGCUAGCUGUGCUAAAUGGAAAAGACACCAAGGAUCCGCUCAAGAAGCGCAAACCCAAGAGCAAUAUUGUCAAGAGCAAUUCCUCCUUUGUUUCGCGAGUCAUCCCCCACGAGGCUCUAUCGAAGCGGCUGCAGGAGCACAACCCCAACGGUCUAUAUGCCUUUGCGAACGUCAACCGCGCGCUGCAAUGGCUAGACCUGACCUCGCCCACCAAGGAGGAGCAUCUGACAAAGAUAUUAUUCACCAAGGCACACGCGCUAUGCCACGAUGUAAACCACAUCAGCAAAGCUCCGAAUCAUAUUGAUUUUGUCAUGGGAUUCUCAACCGGCGAUGUCAUCUGGUAUGAGCCCAUGUCGCAAAAGUAUGUCCGGAUCAACAAGAAUGGAGUAAUCAACGGGUCCGCGGUUUCAGAUAUCCGGUGGCUGCCUAACAGCGAAAACCUCUUCCUCGCGGUGCACAUGGACGGCAGCUUGGUUGUUUACGACAAGGAAAAGGAGGAUGCGCUGUUUGUUGCGGAAAACCAAGCCGAGUCGGGGGACCUGGCGGCGCACGAAAAGGAGAAGAAGGCGGCUCUCACGGUGAAGAAGUCGGUCAACUCCAAGAACCAAAAAACGAACCCGGUCGCGUACUGGAAGGUGUCAAACUCCAAGAUUAAUGCGUUUGCGUUUUCUCCCGAUUGCCGGCACAUUGCCGUGGUUUCUGAGGACGGGUCCUUCCGCAUCAUUGACUUUCUUAAGGAACAACUACUACAUCAGUACAUGAGCUACUACGGGGGGAUGCUCUGCGUCUGCUGGUCGCCGGACGGCAGGUACAUUGUCACCGGAGGCCAGGACGAUCUCGUCUCCAUCUGGUCGCUGGAGGACAGCAUGCUCGUGGCGCGCUGCCAGGGGCACAACUCGUGGGUCACGGCGGUGCAGUUCGAUCCGUGGCGGUGCGACGAGCGCAACUACAGGAUAGGAAGCGUCGGGGAAGAUUGUCGGUUGCUGCUGUGGGACUUUAGCGUGGGGAUGCUCCACAGACCUAGAGCGGCAUCGGUGAGACAGCGGAACAGCGUUACCUCAGCCACGCUCAAGAUGCAGCGCAGCCGAACUGAGGGCUCCACUACGCGGCUGCGGUCCAAUUCCAAUCUCACGUCCGGCAGCGUGCUGGACGAGGAAGAGGUGGUGCAUCCGGUGGAACCUCGGGCGCGAACGGCAAUGCUGCCCCCUGUCAUGGCGAAAACAGUGGACGAGCACCCGCUCUGCUGGCUCGGAUUCGAGGAAGAUUGUAUCAUUACAUCGUGCAACAGCGGCCACAUCCGAACGUGGGACCGCCCCAAGGAGGGCGCCGGGAGCGACGAUGCGCCGUCGACGACGUCUGCGAGCGCGAGCGCGGGUGCAAGCAAUGCGUAGGAGGCAGCACAAGGACGAAGGGGGGAUUGUGUCUUGGGGUUUGGUUGUUUACCGGCGGUGGCCGGGAGAAACAGGGUUGACGCAGCGGGCAGCCAUCCCCUGGUGUUUGGCAUGGCAUUUUGUUUGGCCCGGAUUGUCCCGACCGUGCCAUGUGCGCCGCUUCCGUCAUUCAGCCCUGCGCUCGCAUCGCCCUUGACUCGCAUGCGUGCAUCUUGUACAACAACUGCUUCUGCGUCCGGGGCGCGCAUCCGCCUUUAGCCGUCCAUGUCUCGUCUCGCGGCCGGAUGUAGGAGGCACAUGGCCCGUAGAGAGACAAAACGCUUCCAUUAUCGCG